ACUUGAAGGUAUGAUGGCGUUUAAGCUUUUUCAUGGUACGAGUCGUACGAGUGUCUCUUCCUCUCCUUGGUUUCCCUGUGCCCUCUAUCCAUCAUCUCAGAAGAUUCGCUACUCAUUAUCGUCUCUGUUGCAUAGGAGAAGAAUUAGGAUAUGCACAAAAAUGUCAGUGGCGGAACACUCGCCUCUCAGUCACACAAUCGGCCUGGCCGUGCCAGCACAAGGAGGAAUAGAAGAACCUCUCCAGAUCAUUGCAGAGCCUGGGAUCUCCCAAAAUGAAUUCAGGGAUGCUAUUGAAUCCUCUUUGUUCAAGCAAUGGUUGAAAAACAUGCAAAGUGAAACUGGUAUUUUAGCUCAAGGAAAUAUGUCUUUGAAACGUGUACUUAUUCAGGGAGUAGAUAUGUUUGGAAAACGUGUUGGUUUUCUAAAAUUCAAAGCAGAUGUUAUUGACAUGGAAACUGGGAAAAAGGUUCCAAGUAUCGUAUUCUCACGAGGACCAGCUGUUGCUGUGCUAAUCCUUUUGGAUUCAGAGGGUGAAACUUAUGCUGUACUGACAGAGCAGGCCAGGGUUCCAGUUGGGAGGCUUAUUCUAGAAUUGCCAGCUGGAAUGUUGGAUGAUGAUAAGGGUGAUUUUGUUGGCACAGCAGUUCGUGAGGUAGAGGAGGAGACUGGUAUACAUUUAAACCUGGAAGACAUGGCUAACCUGACGGCCUUCCUGGAACCAUCAACUGGAAGCAGGGUUUUCCCUUCACCAGGUGGAUGUGACGAGGAAAUUAGCCUUUUCCUUUAUAAGGGGCAUGUCAAACCAGAGGUCAUUACAGCACUGCAGGGAAAGGAAACAGGCCUUCGUGAGCAUGGGGAGCUGAUUAAAGUGCAUGUAGUUCCCUAUAAAAAGCUUUGGCGCGUCACAGCUGAUGCAAAGGCUCUAAUGGCAAUUGCCCUGUAUGAGAUGGCCAAGAGAGAAGGGCUUCUUCCUUCCUGAGAUUUACCUCCUGAUUUCCCGAGUCUCUGUAUCUGUUUAAUUUAGGAAACAAUGAAUUCCUGACUUUUUAUAAUCUAUAGUUUUUACCUUCUGUACUGAUUUUGAUAAUAUCCUGUUAAACAUGAUAGAA